AUGCAUCAACGGAUCAAGGCAUAUGGGGCGGUGGAUGGUGAAGAAGAUUUGUGUCGGCAUUCUCGCCGCGAUUGUGUUUGUACGAUCACACUGAAGAAGAGAGUCGAUUUGCGUUUUGAAUUUUUUUGCGUUGUUUUGCAACUGGGAACCAAACGAUUACUGGUUCUCGGAUCAUUUGCACUCUGGGAUGGAGAUGAAAGGGUCUUCCGAAUCGAAUCGCCCGCGAUCAGAGUUUGGGAGAGUGUGAUUGGGCGCUCGAUGGAAGAUCCGAAAGGGGCGACCAAAACGAGCCAACAGGAAACACGAUCCUACUCGCUGCGAGCGGCGUCAGUCAUCCGCCGCGGUUCAUCGGAAAUGUUUCAUCACGAAAGAGGAUGA